CGUCAUUUCCGAUUCUACGGCCAACUCGACGUAAACACGGUAACUGAGGAUGCGGAGAAAAUAUUGCACACUGUUAAAGCGUGUAAUUAUUUUUAAAUGACCCACUUGAUGAACGGUUGUCCUAAUUAGUUUGGCAUUAGUUUGAUAAUCGGACACUAUGGAGGAGUCGUGGGAUUUUGAGUUUUUUUCCCGCAUCGCUGACAGCUGCCUGUCUUUCCUCUCCGAGUUUGUGGACGACUGGUUGGCCAACGAUAUGAGAGUGUCGAUUUUCAAGAUCUUACUCAGCUGGUUAAUUUUUAGUCUUAUAGCAAUUCACUUUGCAUGGAAAGUCUACGGGAAUACAGUGAACGACAUGUAUUACCGACAAGGAUCUGGACAGAACGGAGGCACACCUGAUUCGGCUCCUCACCUGAGUAACUGGGACAGUAAAGCAAGGGAUACACUGAAGAGUCAUCGGGACUAACAAGACACUUUGUGAUGUUUGGACUUUAUCCAAGUGAGAGUCGGACAGUAAACAGCAGAGACAUUGAAUGCACAUUCAGAUUUUCUGAUAAUAAAGCCUUCAUAGCAUUUCAUACCGUCUAAAUAAGGCUUCAUCUUCUGUUAAGUCCCCAGAGAAAUAUUUACUAGUUUUUAUGACUAUCGGUGAUGUAAACAGAGAUUGUGAGACAUGUAUUUUGGCCUGGUAGCAUGGGACAUUGACCAGAACUAUUAUGCAGCAUCAAAGAUCAAAAUAAACAGUUUGAGGUGUAUUUGGUGCUUUCAGUGCUAACAUAUUCAUGUGUUUGCUUUUUAAAUAGUCAUUUGACUGGUUUCAAUAGCAGAUUUAUUUUCCAUUCCAAGACCAUGCACAAGAGAAAACCCUGCUCUAUUAAAACUGUGUAUGGACAAAUAAAUAAAUGUAUUUUUUAAAUCUGUACACAGGAUCACACCUGAUCAUAUGGUCAGAUUUGGAUUGCAUUAGGACUACUCAAUUCAGUCCUACAAGGGCCAAAGUCCUAAAGGUUUUCAGUGACUCCCUACACACAGGACUCAAAUUAAUGAGUCAUUAUGCAGAACUUCAUAGGCUAUUGGAUCCAUUUAAUUUGAGUCAGGUGUGUUGGAGCGGGACACAUUCAAAACCUACAGGACUGCAGCCCUCAUAGGACCGAAUUGAGUAGCCCUGCAUUAGAGGAAUGAUAGUGAAUAUGGUGACUUCUGUGAAUAUAAAUAGUUAAAGCUAGAAUAAUUAUUUGUGGUGGACAGGGUCAGUUUUAUCUAUCUCAUAAAUAUGAAGAAUGGUCAUAUGGAAGACUAACAUGAAAAAUGCUUAAUAACAGAGCUUCAUGAUGCUGUUCUUUGCUAUUAACUCAGCUGUAUCUUAAGUCUCAUGUUUUUAGGAAGAGACAGGGUCCAUAAAAAGUUUUUAUCCUAUUUCACAUUUUCAUAUAACAUUUUCAAUAUUUUACAACAUUCAUUGAUAGUUAAAUUCUUUUGCCAAAUAGAAACCAAAAAAAGCAGCUGUAAUCAGUGAAGUGGUCUUUUAAAAGCUGGUUCUUGUGAUCCAGAUAGGUCAAUUACCUGGUCCUGGACAACACCAUUGGACAGAAUUAGCUACAACCUCUCCACAAAAGAAAAACUAUACUGUACAACCACAUUCACCUCAUUUACUGUCACAUACAUGAAGUCCACAAGUAAAUUGGUCAAAAGCUGUGCCAUUUUUGGAAAAUAUAGAAUUAAAUUUUAAUACAACUGAAAUAGUUUAAAAUUUGAGAAUACAAGAAAACCUUAAAGAUGCUAAAUGUCACGGUACAUGUUAAAUUUUUCACUGUAUCCAAAACUGCAUGCAGCAGUUUUCCAAUAUGUUCAGUAGCCACACAAACAGAAGAAAUAGAGAACACACCAUCUCACCUGUACUGCAUCUUUUCAGAAACCCACCAGCCCAAACUUGUCAAAUUUUGUUAUAAAAAGCUAAGAAAACAACAGUGUCCAUCACACUUUAGCAUAAAAGUUAAUUAAAUGUGCAACAUUCAUACUAAGAUGAAAUCAAACUAUGAUA